UUUACAGUAUCAGUGUGUGGGUUACCGUACCGUCCCCCUGACUAGAUGUGGAUGGAGAUAACUGUCACUGUGCUGUCGUUUGAAUAUCAGUCAGCUCAGGUUAGGGACAUAGCAUCAUAGACAAAAGCCGAGUAUGCUGAAAUAGCAACAACUGAAAGAGUAUUUCGACAUGGCACCCAAAUCGCUGUCUGAAAAGUUAGCAAAUUUAGAGGACAGUGACUUAAAAGAGUCUACCUGCAUUUGCAGGAAACAGUGUAAGAACUGUAAAAUCUUUCUGGGAUUCUUCGUCUUAUCCCUUUCAUUGCAUCUAGUUACGCUUUUCUGUUAUUUGGACCUGAGAUCCGAAGUGAAACGCGAGAUUCUCCAGAAGAACAGAGAGGAGACACUGUCACCGGCCGCAACCGAUAUGAAUGACCGAUAUUCUCCAGUAUUCCAGCUGUUGGAUAUCAGCUACCCAGCUGAUCUACAGAAUAGGUUGCCUCUGGGGAACAGUGACAAAAGCUCUCACCUCAAAGAAGACAGAGACAAUGCUGUCCAUCGCACCAAAAGGAGCCAGCAGAAUAAACGACUUGAUUCAGAAUCACAUGGAAACAAACGAAAAGAAAGGAAAAAAGGUAAGAAGGGCCCUCCGGGUGCACCUGGCCCCCUAGGCCCUCCAGGGCCACAGGGGCCACCUGGUAUUCCUGGCAUUCCAGGCAUCCCUGGGAACAACGCCAUGGGCCCCUCAGGACCACCCGGACCUCCAGGCCCUGCUGGACCCCCAGGGCCACAGGGACCUCCUGGUCUUCAAGGACCCUCAGGGGGCAGAGUCAGAGAUAACCAGCCGGCUGUGGUACAUCUCCAAGGCCAGGAAACAACAAUACAGGUCAAGGAAGAUCUUUCAGAAGGCGUACUGAGAAACUGGAAAAUGAUAUCCAUGCAUCACAAGGUGUUCAAGAUGCACUCGAGAUCUGGGGAGCUGGAGGUGUUGGUAGAUGGCACCUACUUCAUCUAUAGUCAGGUAGAAGUUUACUACCUCAACUUCACUGACAUUGCUAGUUAUGAGGUGAUGGUGGACAAGACACCGUUCCUGCGCUGUACGCGGAGCAUUGAGACGGGACAGCGCAAGUUCAACACCUGCUACACGGCUGGGGUGUGUCUGUUGCGUGCCCGGCAGAAGAUCUCCAUCAAGAUGGUGUACGAGGACACCUCCAUCAGCAUGACCAACCACACCACCUUCUUGGGGAGCAUCCGCCUCGGGGAUGCCCCCCCGGCCAGCCACUCCUGAAGUGGCAGGCCUACCAACCUGUGUGUCAAGCCACGACCCACCCCUCUACCAGCAUAUCCACUUAUGGCCUGGGGGAGGCUCCUCCCACUCUACUCUUCCUCUGCAACCAUCACCACCACCUAUCACAUAUCAACCAAUAGGAGAUGAGGAUGCCCACCUACUCCAGAGAUGACAUCAUGUACUGUACUAAAGAAUCUGCCCUCAGCCUGGGCCAGGCCCGCCCCUUCAGGCUACUACUGAGCUGUUAAGCACCACCCUCCCUUAUAAUAGUGGGAUGACCUGGUGUAAUGAUAUUAACCGCUGCCUGUUAUCUCUUAAUGGAAGAUUCCUUCCACAGAGCGAUGAUGACUAUGACCUUCGGAGGUGAUGAUGGACAAAUAUGCACCCAAUGUGUCUUAGCAUUAAGAAAGGGAGGAGUUGUUUGAAGAAAUAAAUACAUUAGACUUUACUUUUAGAAUUGUGCAUUUAUAGAUAAUAACUUGGUUUCUCUGGUCAUGACAUGCUUGAGAAACCAAGGUUGACAGGAGUCAGUCAUGUCUCCACUGAAAGAACUGUCUGUUAGUUAGACAACAUAGGUACAUACUGUAAACGUUUUUGAAAACAAUAUAGGUAUACAAUGUGUGGCAGUUGUCUGAUGAAAUUAACAUUUAUAGCUGAAACAAAAACAUUUCUCUGUUAGAAUGUGCACUGGUUAAAGCAAAUUAUUGAUCUGUAGGCAAAUCCCUCUCACUCUCUGUCUCCCUCUAUCUCUCUCUCUCUCUCUCUCUCCCUCUCCUCUCUCUCUCUCCCUCUCUCUCUCUCCCUCUCUCUCUCCCUCCUUCUCUCUCUCUCUCUCUCUCCCUCUCUAUCCCUCCUCUCUCUCUCUCCCUCCUCUCUCUCUUUCUCUCUCUCUCUCACCCUCUCCCUCACUCUCUCCAUCUAUCUCACUCUCCCCCUCUCUCUCCCUCUUUCCCUCCCUCUCUCCAUCUUUUCCUCCCUCCCUCUCUCCCACUCACUCUCUCUCUCCCUCCUUGUCUCUCCCCCUCUCUCUCUCCCUCUCUCCCCUCUCUACCCCCUCUCUCUCUCUCCCUCUCUCCCCCUCUCUCUCUCCCUCUCUCCCCCUCUCUCU